GCGGCGAGUGUCGGAGCGAAGUCACUCGACUAUCAUGGCGGACGAGGGAGCGGACGCCGUCUCCAGCGAAGAGUCCUUCCUGGGCUCACUACUCAAAGAAAUAUUCACCUCCCCACUUAAUGUGUUCCUCUUGGGUGUCUGUACCGUCCUCAUCUAUAAGAUAUUCCGUUCGUCCGAUGGCAGUGGAGGAGCAACAGGUCCAGUGGAACCUCCCGUGCCCAAGAUGAAACGACAGGACAUGACCUUGGAGCAGUUAAAGCAGUAUGAUGGCAUGGGGGAGCAUGGGCGUGUGUGUGUGGCAGUUAAUGGCAAGAUCUUUGACGUCACCCGAGGCACCAAGUUCUAUGGCCCAGGUGGGCCAUAUUCUGCCUUUGCUGGCCGUGAUGCGACAAGAGCUCUGGCAACCUUCAGUGUAAAGGAUGUAAAGGAAGAGUACGAUGACCUCAGUGACCUCUCCUCUAUGCAGAUGGAUUCUGUCAGGGAAUGGGAGAUGCAGUUCACAGAAAAGUACGAUUAUAUUGGUAAAUUUUUGAAACCAGGAGAACAGCCCACAGAGUACUCAGAUGAUGAGGAAACAAAGGACACCAAAGCGAAGACGGAUGAUUAGAUUUAGUUGAGGUGAUUGCGCAUUGCUGUAUAGGUUAAGGCCUCUCGGUUCCACCAGACUCCAAAGCCCUUGAGCAUGGUCUUAAGAUUGGAAUGUGAAUGUGAAAAAAAAAGAGGAUAUCCUCUCAAUUAAUUACCAAUGAUACAGUGUGAUGAAAAAAGCCUACAUUAGGUUGGGGUAAGAGGUUUAAACUACAUGUAAGACUACCGCUUUAUAUUUUUUCUCAUAAGGGGCUAAUUAAUCCCAAAUAUGUUCUCAAUAAAGAUUGUCUACUUUGAACAAUUUAAGAUAUGUGGUGACUUUGGUUAGUCUGGGUGAGCCAUGAAAGUUUGAGUAGGAGGAGCAGGAGGUGACAAGAUCAGUCAUUAUCAGGCUUAUUGGGGUAUUUCAUAAGGUAUAAUCUUGCAGUUAAAAUGGAAAACAGUCUCUUACAAAGGAGAGAGAAGGCUGAUAGAUAUGCAGCUUUGUAGACCAAUGCAAGCAACAUGUAUGUGUAUACAUAUUAAUAUAAUUAUAGAAGUCAUUAUUGAAGGAUUGGAUCCCAUUGAAACACAGCACCUACCAAACUUAUCCUAUUGUGUGAUAUAUUUGUAUAGAUGGUUGAAAUGUUGUUUUGUGUGGAAUAAAUGAAUCUUAGUAGUUUUGAAAAUUGUUUUAUGAGAAUGAUUGGAUAUAGUUUAUGAAUGAGCAGCCCAAAGAUGAUGAGUUGGGAAGAGUGCAAGUGCAAGGAAUUCAUCCUCAAAUCAAACUUUCAGCCUUAUAGAAUACUGCAGAGGACUCAUAAUUGCUGGUCUGACUCAGAGUUAUUUUGAUACCUAACCUCUUGCCAGCAUGGCAUGAUCCCCAUCUUUUUCUAAUCUGCCAUGAUUUAUAUUGUACUGUGGAUACUCAGUGUGUGGAUCCUUUAUUCAGUCAAUGUUUUAACAUGUAAAUAUAGUGUAUUCACCGUUGCCAAGUCCUGAAAAGACGUCCUCCAAAUCUGCCUGCCUAUCACGUUUAGGAAGGGUAAAUGACUUAGAUAUUGGAAUGAGAAUGCAAGGGGAUUAUCUAUUUUUUCUAGAAGUUUAGAGAGAUAAUGUUUACAUGAUUACUCUGAACUUAUUGGUAGAGUGUUUUCAGUACACUUUUCUAACAAGUCUUUAGAUGACAUGUAGGUUCUGGCACAAACAAGUGAAAAAUGUAUCUUGAGAGACAACAUGAUCGUUAUGCUGCCUUGUUAUUUGUUCUUCAUCCUUAAGCAAGUGAGGUAUUUAGGUAGUGUCAAUCAUUGCAAAGAGUUUGUUUUGAGAAAAUGAAGGCAUAAACACGAGGCUUAGUUGACUGGGGACUGUUCAUCAUUCAGAAAUUUGUACAAAAAAUAAAAAAAAGUUAUGACUAGCUCUCUUAAAUAAAUUCCUUGGCAACUAAAAGAAAAGAGGUGUUUUUAAUAAGAAUAAGAUGAUUGGGCAUAUAGAUUUAUAUGCUUUGUUACCUCCAGCCAGUAGAGGUAAAUAAGAUUAUGCUAACAGCUUCUAUGUUCAACUGGAUUAUAUUUUGGUGUUGUAGUUGAUUCACCCUUAUAAACGUAUGAAGAAAUGUUCAUUUUAAAGCUUACAAGUUUUCAUUUCUCAUAAAAACUGAUAAACAGAAAGUUGAAUGAGUGCUUCUCCCAUGGCUUGAUGGUUGCAACACUAGGUGUCAUAUGAUCAAAGCUUUCCUUCUUUUCACACAUCAAUGUUUUGAUAAAUGGCAGUUGUGAAAGGAAGAGGAAGGAAGCUUCCACUAAUGGCUUAAAAGCCUGAUAAGUGAGUGUAUUCUGAGCAGAGGGAACUCCCAAGGCAGCUGUUGCAGUGCUGGUGGUGUAAGGUCCCUGGGGGAUGUGAUCUUCAUUGAUGAUCUAGAUUUAUCUUUAUAAGGUAUACUACUUUUGUUAUGUUCACUUAUUUUUAUCUUUCAUUUCCUUUUUUUAUUUAAAAUUUUUGCUUCCUAUAGGGAGAAUAUGUAUUAUGGAAAUCAGAGUUUCAUGAGCUGGAAAUUCCUGUAAUUGUGUGUGCAUACCAGUUUUGGCUAGCUAUAUCCAGCAAUCUGUUCAUUUGGCAUUCCUGAAAGUUGCUCUUCAGGCUUUGCGUGAAGGAGUUGAUUUAACUUUGUGAUAUUUAGAGAAGCAGAAUUUGUAUUUAUAUUUUUUACACAUUGUCAAUGUAGUUUGAUAAUAUCCACAUGGAACAAAUGUUAAAAAAGGAAAAAAAAGUCUGUGUAAUAAAGGAAAACUUCUCCAAUAGAUGAGUUUUCAUUUAUGUACAGUUGAGUGUUAAAUAUUGUUCUAAAUGAAAUCAAUAAAUUUACCCAAUAACACUUUGUCUUCAAAAUUGUGUCCUGAAAUUGUGGAAUCCACAAAAAUAAUAUUCAAUACAGUAUCCUGUUUU